AUGGAGCUUCAAAAACAAGUGAAACAUGGAGAGCUUCCAUUUAUGGACAGGGAUAUUCAUAAUUUAUUUGCAAAAAUGAAAACGAUGGUUGGAGCUAAUGAUGCAAUGAAACUCAUGGAGUAUAUGGAAACAAUAAAAGAACAAAAUAGUAGAUUUCAAUGUGCGUACAAUAAAGAUAAAAAAAGACGAUUGGAAAACUUGUUUUGGUGUCAUUCCCAUAGCCUUGAGUGGUUUGAAAAAUAUGGUGAUGUAGUGGUAUUUGAUACCACCUAUAAGGUGAAUGCAUAUGACAUGCCUUGUGGAAUCUUUGUUGGUGUCAAUAAUCAUGGUAAAACAGUGCUAUUUGGAAAUGCACUUCUUCGUAAGGAGACUAUAGAUACCUUUCGGUGGUUGAUGAAGACUUCUGUAACAAUAAUGGAAAAAAUGCCAAAAACAAUCAUAACAGAUCAAGAUCUAUGGAUGUCUGAAGCGAUUGCCGAUGAAAUGCCAACCACAAAGCAUAGCUAUUGCAUAUGGCACAUCACGUCAAGGUUUAGUUGUUGGUUUUCAGCUCUUCUUCGUACAAAAUAUCAACGUUGGUGCGGUGAUUUUUAUAAGCUUUAUAAGAUGACUUCUAUUGAAGAGUUUGAAGAUAAUUGGUCAUUAAUUGAUAUUGCUGUUCAAGAAAUUAUAAAUGUUGAAGAGCGUAAUAACAUGUCAUCUAUAGUUAGACCUACCUCUUCAAACAUAAAGUCACCUUUGGAAGAACAAGCUUAUGGAAUUCUCACACCAUUUGCUUUUAAAAAAUUUCAAGAACUUCAAGGAUCUAAUCAAUAUUUGGUCGUUCAUGUUGAAGAAUAA